AUGGCUCGUCUUGAUAUUGAUCCAAAAUUAAUCGCAAUAUUAUAUAAGGGACAAGAACUUAACUGCCUAUCGUACGCAUUAAUUCUAGCAGGUAUGCUAAUUGUAUUACAGAAUGUCUGGUGGAGUAGUAAAGAUCAGGAAUCGAAGGACAUGGCUACACGAGCACGUACUGAAUUUAGUCAUGAAAGUGGCGAUCAUAUAACAUUGAUAAGUGUUUAUUUAAAAUGGAGUACAUUUUGUGUCAAUAAUAAAAAUAAAAAACAACAAAAUACAUGGUGUAAGAAUAACUCUCUUAAUGGAAAAUCAUUACAACUGGCUCAAAAUUUUAUCCGAGAAAAAGCCAAGCAAAUGGACCAUGAAAUAGAACUUUGUGAUAGGGAAGAAUUAAAUGAAGAUACCAUUGGUCGCAUUCUACAAGGUGUAACAGCUGGUCAUUUUAUGAAUUUAGCUAUAUCAAAUGGACCAUUUAGAGCUGACUAUCAAAUUAUUUCUGCUUUCUCUAAAAUGUCUAAUGAUCCAGUAGUAGCACGUGUAUUUCGUACAUCCUCAUUAUGUUUAAAUGAUCAAAUGCCUAAAUAUGUUUUCUUUAAUGAAUUACUAAAUCUCAAUGGAACUAACUAUAUUACAAUUUUAUCUUCGAGUAAUUUCCACUGGCUAAAAUCUGUGUUCCGACCAUGGUUUACUACUGUGAAUAGAGAUAAUUUACAUGCAAUUUCUUAUGAACCCUGUGUAUUCGAAAAUAUCGGCGCAACUCUACUACGAGCUAUUGUUGGUAAACGAAAUUGUAAUUUGAAUAAGCUUGAAGAUACAACUCAAGCGGUUAUUGAUGUCGAUUAUAAACAAUCAAGAUUAAUAAUAUGGUCACGUAAAGUUAAUUUGGAAAAAGCGAAGAAAAUCGUUGAAGAAAUAAUUCAGAAAGAAAAACAACAAUUGCUCGUAGAAGCUGAAGAAAUACACAUUAUAGGAAGAACUCGCAUUUUAAUGGGUGCCGGAGGUAUUACUCAAAUGGUUCUUCUUGGAAGUGAUUAUAUUAGAAUCAUAAUGACUAAAUUGCCGACAACAAUAACGGAAGAGAGAAUUCGAGAUUUAUGUGAACCAUUUGGGCAGAUUCGUAAAAUUGAUUUUAUCCGACACAAUGAAAACAGCUCAUGUGUAGCAGUGACAUAUUCAACAGUCGAACAAGCACGUCUCGCUUUCAGUGAAUUGAACGGUUAUAUUGAACAGGGUCGCGAAAUCGCUGUUAGUGAUUCAUGUUUGAAAACUGAAGCAACCACAGGCAAACAAAAUUGUCGUCUCAAAGCUAUAUGGUAUCUAACACAAUCAACUGGAAGUGGAAGGAUUACUUUUAGACAAGAAAAAAGUGCUCUAGAUAUAUCUAAUGGUAAAUUAGUAGCAUUCGUUGAGCUUUUAGAUAUUACAGAACUAAAACAAGCAAUCGAAGAAAUGAAUGGACAAACAGGAAUAAUCGGUUGUGGUAAAGUAAGAUUAUCUGAACGAAUUCAACAAAAGAAAGAUGAAACAAAGAAGAAGAAAGAAGAUGAAUAUGUUAUUAAACUGCACAAUCUUGAUAGAUCAUGA